AUGUCUGUUGCAAACCAAUCCUCUGUAAUUGAUUUUUUCAUUGUGGGAUUCCCAGGACUUCAGAGCAGCAACUAUGGUCUUAUGGGCACCAUUUUUUUCUUGCUAUAUUUAUUCACUUUACUGGGAAAUGCAGUAUUUCUUAUACUAUUUUCAACAGACCAGAAUCUCCACAAACCCAUGUAUUUCAUCAUCUUAAACUUGGUAGUGUCUGAUGUUCUGUUCAGCACCACCGCUUUACCAAAGAUCAUUGUCAGGUACUGGUUUCAGGCAGGAGCCAUUUCAUUCAAUGCCUGUUUUGUGCAGAUGUACUUUGUGCACUUUUUUGGAACACUGAACUCUUUCACAUUAUUAAUAAUGGCUAUAGACAGAUACGUAGCAAUCUGCUACCCUCUCAGAUACUCAGUAAUCCUCACAAAUUCCAGAAUUCUUUAUCUUUGCAUCACAGCCUGGCUGAUCUCUCAACCAGGUUCCCUGAUACCAUUACUGAGAGCAUAUCCUUUGCCUUACUGUGCAUCAAAUACUAUCAUUCAAUGUUACUGUGAUCAUGUUUCAAUUACAACGCUUGCUUGUACAGACCGGGUCCCUUAUUCUUUUGUGGCUUUCAUUUUAGCUAUGAUUGUGUUACUGGUACCUCUCUUUUUUAUUGUAUUCUCUUACUGUGCCAUCAUUGUGGCAGUACUUCGAAUUGCCAGCACCCAAGGCCGCCUCAAAACCCUCUCCACAUGCACACCUCAGCUAAUCAUAAUAGCUAUCUACUAUCUCCCACGGUGUUUUGUGUAUCUAGCUGCUCAUGUGGGUAUUAAAUUCAGCACAGAUUUGCGCAUUGCCAUCAUUGUGUUUUACAGCCUGCUUCCUCCAAUGGUCAAUCCACUCAUAUACUGCUUCAGGACUAAAGAAGUUAAACAGAGUUUGAUCAGAACAUUUAAAAGACAACAGGUAGAUAUACAAAACACACAUGUUUGUACUAUUUCUAAAUAA